AGUAGCGGUUCAAGAUAGGAACGCCCCUCUCCUAUCUAUAAAGCAGGGAAACUGAACUCCUCGAAACGAGACAUGUAAAAGCUGUGCGAAUACAACUUUGCAAACCAGACAGCCAGCCCCAGUCAAGCAAAAAUGUCCGACUACACGCUCUAUAGCUACUUCCGGUCCUCAUGCUCGGCCCGCCUCCGCAUCGCCCUCAACCUCAAAUCCAUCCCAUACGACCUCGUCCCAGUCAACCUCGUGAAGGAUGAGCACCUAUCAGAGUCACAUAAAGCCCUCAACCCUUCAAAAACGGUACCGCUCCUAAUCUGCCACAAAGCCCGAGGCGGGGACUUCAAGAUUGGGCAGUCCGUCGCAGCGCUCGAAUUCCUCGACGAGGUGCAUCCGCAAACCCCGCUCCUCCCGCCAGCGACCGACCCCGAGACUCGCGCCGUAGUGCGGACGCUCGUGAACGUCAUCUGCGCAGACAUCCAGCCCGUGACAAACAUGCGGGUGAUGCGACGUGUGAGGGCGUUGGGAGGGAGUGCCGAAGACUGGAAUCGCGAGCUGAUGACGGAUGGUCUUGCCGUGUGUGAGGCUGUGAUGAAGGACUCUGCCGGCAGGUACUCCGUGGGGGACGAGAUAACCAUGGCUGAUGCUUGUCUCAUGCCUGCUGUUUGGAAUGCCCAGAGGUUUGGGGUUGAUGUCAAGGCGUUUCCGACUGUGAUGAGGGUCUUUGAGAACUUGGAACAGCAUCCAGCUGUGGUGAAAGCGCAUUACUUCAGCCAGCCGGACACACCGAAGGAACUGCAGUCACAGUAGGCGUUAUCUGGCAGAGGGGAAUCAGGGUCUAAGAAAUGUCAGGUGUAAUUAGCAGUUGCUGGCGGGUGGCGGGCCGGGGCCGGAGGGAGCUGCUUAUGGAACGCGGCACUGUCUAUGUAUAGGAGUAGGAUUCCAUCCUGCUUAAGGGCAGUAUUUGGAGCAUUUACAAUCAGGGUUACCGUCUAGUCUAUUCUUGCUUUUCUGGUUAUCGACUGCUCGAUCUUACUUCACUUAGUCGGUACAACCAAAGGAUUGGACACACUUCAUGUAGGGAUUGCCAUAAUUCCCUAUCUCCCUCACCUAGAAUAAGGGAAGGGCUCCUUGGAUAGUGCCAGAUACCUCUCCAAACCCGACCAUGGCACCAUUUUCCCCACACCAUCCGCGAAUAACUAGCGUGUCCCCAUCCUGCAAGAACGUCC